AACAUUCUAUUUUCCGAAAAAAAUCUUUAACAUAGCGUGUUGUUUCUUGGUAGAUCGUCAGUCUGUUUAGUCGAACCGCAGCAUUCGCUCCAACGACGUCAGCUGCUCGGACAACAGUAGAGAGUUUAAUUUGUUUCUUUUCCCGAAGUUUUUUUAAUCCCUAACCAUAACCAUGUCCGACGAUGAGGAGUACACCAGUUCCGAAGAGGAGGAGGAGGUUGUCGAGGAGGUCAAAGAAAAACCACCUCAGACACCAGCCGAAGGUGAGGGUGAUCCAGAGUUCAUCAAACGCCAGGACCAAAAGCGUUCCGACCUCGAUGAACAAUUGAAGGAAUACAUCACCGAAUGGCGCAAACAGAGAGCCAAGGAAGAAGAUGAGUUGAAGAAACUCAAGGAGAAGCAAGCCAAGCGCAAGAUCUCUCGCGCCGAAGAAGAGCAAAAGAUGGCUCAACGCAAGAAGGAAGAAGAGGAACGCCGCGUUCGCGAAGUUGAAGAAAAGAAACAACGCGAAAUCGAAGAGAAGCGUCAACGCCUCGAAGAAGCCGAGAAGAAGCGCCAAGCCAUGCUCCAAGCCAUGAAGGACAAGGACAAGAAGGGCCCCAACUUCACCAUCGCCAAGAAGGACACAGGCGUGUUGGGUCUCUCCUCCGCUGCCAUGGAGCGUAACAAGACUAAGGAACAACUCGAGGAAGAGAAGAAGAUCUCCCUGUCGUUCCGUAUCAAGCCUCUUGCCAUCGAAGGCUUGAGCGAGGAUAAAUUGCGCGAGAAGGCCCAAGAAUUGUGGGAACUCAUCGUCAAAUUGGAAACUGAGAAGUAUGACUUGGAAGAAAGGCAGAAACGUCAGGAUUACGAUUUGAAAGAAUUGAAGGAAAGACAGAAACAACAGCUCAGGCACAAAGCCUUGAAGAAGGGUCUCGACCCCGAAGCUUUGACUGGCAAAUACCCGCCCAAGAUUCAAGUUGCCUCCAAAUACGAAAGACGUGUAGAUACCCGCUCUUACGACGACAAGAAGAAGCUCUUCGAAGGUGGUUACGACACGCUCUAUAAGGAAACUUUAGAGAAAGUCUGGCAAGAAAGACAAGAGCGGUUCACACAACGAUCAAAAUCCAAAUUGCCCAAGUGGUUCGGCGAAAGACCCGGCAAGAAGGCUGGCGAGCCCGAAACACCCGAAGGCGAGGAAGAUGCCAAGGCUGAUGAUGAAAUCGCUGAGGAAGAUGAAGAAGUCGAGGAGGAGGUCGUCGAAGAGGAGGAAGAAGAAGAGGAGGAGGAAGAAGAGGAGGAGGAAGAAGAAGAGGAGGAAGAAGAAGAAGAGGAGGAAGAAGAAGAGGAGGAAGAGGAAGAAGAGGAGGAGGAAGAAGAGGAAGAAUAAAUUAAUUUAACUACAUUUAAUAAAAAUAAAAACCACCAAAACAAUAUAGUUAUUAUUAGCUUAUUCUACCGCUAUCUACCGAUAACAGCCACAAAAACCAAAGAUUUUUUAAUACCAACAAUUUAUAGAAAAAGAAAAUAAAAAAUGAAUGAAACCACAAGAACAUUUCUCCAAAUAAACAUGAAAACAUAUAUCGUAUGAAAACAAACAACAA